UGCGGGCGACCACUGAUUGGUCGGAGGCUGUAAGCACCCACUCCUAGGACCCCCCGCGAGUUCUAGCCUUUCACUUCUCCCCAGGACCUCCAGCCCUAGGCGUCGACCAUGCCCCGCGGAAGCAGGAGCCGGACCUCCCGGGUAGCUCCCCCGGCCAGCCGGGCACCCCCAGUGAGAACUGUGCCAGCACCAGCAGCUCACCCUCCAGCAGCAGUCCCACCAUCUGCAGUUGCCCCUCCUACUGCUGCACCCAGGCAGCCGGGUUUGAUGGCCCAGAUGGCCACCACGGCAGCAGGAGUCGCAGUGGGCUCAGCUGUCGGCCACACUAUUGGUCAUGCCAUCACUGGUGGCUUCAGUGGUGGGAGCAAUGCUGAGCCUGCAAGGCCUGACAUCACUUACCAGGAGCCUCAGGGAGCCCAGCCAGCAUACCAGCAGCAGCAGCAGCAGUUCGGCCCCUGCCACUACGAGAUGAAGCAGUUCUUAGAGUGUGCCCAGAACCAGGGUGACCUCAAGCUGUGCGAGGGCUUUAGUGAGGUGCUGAAGCAGUGCAGGUUUGCAAAUGGAUUAGCCUAAUUGAGACCUUCAAAAGAAAGAUGGAAAAAUCAACUCUGAAGACCAAUCUUAAUUUAACAUAAUCCAUGAUUACUAGUGAAAUUAUAAAGAAAGCUGAGACCACCAGUAUUUUGUUUCCUCGUCUGUUUGUCACUAAUAUCCUUUUGUUUCAGAACAGCCUUCGAGAAGGGUAUUCCCACUGUGGAGAUAACAUGACAUGAUAUAAAAUGUUGGGAUGAGGCAAAUGCUUGUGUGGUCUCUCAUCAAAAUGAAUGAUUGUGAUGUAUAGAGAAAAGAGCAUCUUAAGUUAUGGCUAUUGAUUAAAAUAAAGUUAUUUCCUCUUGGAUCUGA